GCUAGUAUUAUCUCAACGUGCAACGUGGCAGCUUCUGAAGGGUAUCUAUGUUAGCAUAGACACUUUUGAAUUUAGUUAUAUAUCUGUAUGUACUGUACGGACUAGGUUGAUGUGUGUGUGUACUGGAGAAGAUGCGAUUUUCUGAAAAUGUAAACAUCUUUUGCUGACAGCUAUGUGGCUCCUGUUACUGGGAAGAUCACAAACAAUACACAUCACUUCUUUUGCUGGAAAAGAAGACACAUUAUAAGAAUAUCUGACAAAUUCAGUUGUGCUGAACAAAACAAUGUCUGAAAAGACUGAGAACCAAACCUCAGACCUUUCUGAUGCACACGGAGGCCAUAUGGAUGUGACGCCUUCAGAUGGCUCAGUGGUUGAGCACAGAGGAGAACCGUAUACGUGUGAUCAGGUGAAGACUGAGGAGGAUGAAGUUCCUAUAAAUACGGAUACAGAUGAAGAUAACCCUGAUAUAGUGAAAUUUGAGAUAACAGAAGAUCUGUUGGGAGCCUCGGAUGAGGAAACCAGUGACAGUAACUGUUCAGAUUAUAAUCCUAGAUAUCACCGGAAUGCUGAUGCUUCUUGCAGUAAAGAAAGAAACAUGAGAAAUGUAUGUUCUGAAUGUGGAAAAUGCUUUACCAGAAAAUCAAGUCUUGUUAAUCAUCAGAAAAUCCAUUUAGGAGAGAGACCAUUUUCAUGUUCUGAAUGUGGAAAAUGUUUUAUAGAGAAAUCAACUCUUGUUAAACACCAGAACAUUCAUAAAGGAGAGAAAGCAUAUUCUUGUUCUUAUUGUGGGAAAAGUUUUAAUCAGAAAUCAACUCUUACUACACAUGAGAAAAGUCAUACAGGAGAGAAACCAUUUUCAUGUUCUGAAUGUGGGAAAUGUUUUAUGCGGAGAUCAGAUGUUCAUAAUCAUCAGAUAAUUCAUACAGGAGAGAAACCAUUUUCAUGUUCUGAAUGUGGGAAAUGUUUUAACAGGAAAUCAAAUCUAAUUAGUCAUCAGAAAUCUCACACAGGAAAGAAAGCGUUUUCAUGUUCUGAUUGUGGUAAAAGUUAUGUCUGGAAAGGAGAUCUUGUUUAUCAUCAGAAAUAUCAUACAGGAGAGAAAGGAUUGUCAUGUUCUCAGUGUGGGAAAUAUUUUACCUGGAAAUCUGAUUUUAUUGCUCAUCAGAAAACUCAUACAGGAGAGAAAUCCUUGUCAUGUUCUGAAUAGGUAACAGUGACUUUGAGGCUACAUUUCUGAGCUUAACUAGUGCUAGAGAAAAUAUUUUAUUUUCUUCCAUAAGGCAGGGAGAGUCCACAACUUCAUUUCUGGCCACCAGGAGGAGACACACCAGCCAAAGGCUUAAAUAUCCCUCCCACUACCCCUAUCCCCCAGUCAUUCUUUGCCUUUCGUCACUAUAGGAGGUGGCAUAGAAGUGUCAGAAGAUCUGGAGUUUUAAGUAAUCAUGUCAACCUCUCAGUGAGAGUAUUGAUGAAAGUUAGAGUAUUUCAUCAAUAGACUGUCGCUAACAGCUCCUGAGCAAUCAGUGUUGACAAGUUUCACUGGUUGCUGCUACACACUCAAGUCCAUGUCAGAAGCAUUGCUGCAAGACUGUCACACUUGAGAGGCUGUGCCUGUUCCACAGCAUGGAUCUUGGAGGGUAAGACCGUCUUUUAUAUAUAACAUUUAAAAGGCUAUACAGAGUCAGUGUUGCUCCUUUUUACCUCAAUAGGAUCAAGGGUUAAUAUCUCAUUCAGGGAGAUUAUUUGAACAGCUUAGGGAUUUAUAUCUGCUUAAUGUAAGAGUUUCUUUAAGCUCAUAGACUGUGUGUUUUUUUUGGCUUUGAACAAACAGGUUUCAUUUUCAUUUUGUAGUGUUACGCAGCUCAUAAUAGCUUGGCGCCCUUUUUCAUAGCAGGGGAAGUCCUGUCUUACGCAUCACGUGACCGGGUGCAGUCUCUUUCUUUUCCUAAGAUCCUGCUGCAGACAUCACUCCUGAGGAGAGCUUUUUCACUGUUAGCUGUCUGGGUCUAGGAGGUGGUGAGUGCCCCAGCCAUUGGGAGUAUUAAGGUGCUGUUUUUUAAAUAAAAGCGUUUCUUUUUGCUUGUCCCUCUGUGGGUAUAUACAAAGCUAUGGAGGACUCAUACUACAUUAGGUGAGGUUAUGUCCCGCUCCUUCUGUACUGAUUAAUAAUUCCUGUUUAUAUUGUGAGGAGGCUGUGGUUUGCCCGCCUAAACACUGUUCU